ACCACUAUCUGCAGUACGUAUUUUGUGACGUCAUCUCGCCGGGACGUGCUGGUCCCUGGUUACCAGUUUUCCUUUCAUUCUUUGGUUCGUUCAACUGCUCUUCUUUUAUUUGGUACCUGGUAACAACAACAAUGGCGGAUCCUACUGACACAGUAUCAGCUGUUUCUCCAUCAGCAUCUCCUUCUCCUGUCUCAGCGCAUCUUCCAGCUCCACCUUCAUCAUCUUCCCAGUCUUCUUAUCCAGGGUCUCACCGGCUGCUGUUCUCUCACGAUUUAGUCACUGGUUGGUAUAAGGGCUCGGUCCGGUUGGGGUUGGUGCGUCUCAUUCAUGGUGAGGAGGAAGAGUCGGACUCUGCAGAAGACGGGGCUCAUGGUAGCUCUGACACGGAGUCUGGAGCUGAGCAGAGUCGGGCCCGUCCUGUUCGUAGGGACUAUGUUCGGGUACAGUGGUACCCAGAGGGUAUUAAACAGGAUGUAAAGGAGAGUAAGUUAAAGCUUGAAGACCGUUCGGUGGUUCCCCGUGAUGUUGUUCGACGAAUGAGCCCGAUUGACAGUCAGUGUGGAACCAUAAUAGACGUUAACAUAGAGUGUGCUGUGAAGCUUGUCGGUACAAAUCAUGCACUAUAUCCUGUUAAUAGCAGAGAGCUACAACAUAUCUGGGUGCAAGUGGUGGAACUAAAGGUCACUUGGAUAACAAAAAGUUUCUGUCCUGGAGGAACAGACAGCAUAAACCCCCCACCAUCCAUCAUUAGUCAGGACAGCUUAUCAAGGGUAAAACGACUAGGUGCUUAUGACCACGCUCAAAGACAGCUUGGAGAACGUUGUCUUUACACAAUUCCUUCUAAAGUGGAACUAAGUAAAAUCGUCUCUGAAGGUCCAGAAGGGAGCUCUAUUUUUCCUGAGGGGACAUUUUCCAGGAAGGUGGUUACUAAUUUGCUGUGUAUGUAUGACUCUGAUACUAGUACCAAGGCUAUGCCCACUGGUUCAUUCAUCAGCCAUUCCAGCAUGUCUGCCCAUGGAUCUUUUUCUUUCAAGGCAGUAACAUAUAAAAAUGCUCUUGAAUGGGAGUUUGGUAAGAGGUCUCCAAGUAAACCGGUGGCCCUUCCAUGGGAUCUUUAUUUUGUGUUAGAGAAGCUAACAUUUGCUUCAUUUGAACCAGGCAGACAUGUGCCCUUUUUUCUGCUCACUAAUAGUAGUACACUGUUUUGUAGAGUCGCUGUGGAGGUGGUGUCGACAAUGACAUCUGCAAAAGUCAUGUGGCAGGACGGGACUGUUGAAGCAAACAUUCGCUCCAAUGAACUUGUUCCAGUUCAUCACCUGGACAACAAUGAGUUCUGUCCUGGAGAUUUUGUGGUGGAUAAAAGAGUUCAUAUGACACAGGAUCCUGGUAUCUAUGGUGUGAUACAGUCAAGUGACCACAUAGGCCGUACUUGUGUGGUGAAGUGGUUUAAACUUCAACCUAGUGGGAGUGAUGUAGAGGUGAUUCGAAAAGAAGAUGAUGUUAGUGUUUAUGACAUAGCUGACCAUCCAGACUUUCGUUUCCGAACCACUGAUAUUGUUAUCAGAAUUGGAAAUGCAGAAAAUGGAGGUCCUCCAAAAGUUGAUGAGCCAUCAGUUGGACAAGUUUCUUGUGUAGAUAUUGACGGUAAGGUGCAGGUGAUUUGGGCAGAUGAAUCACAAACCAUUGUAUUGCCUCAGCACCUUUAUGAUGUGGAGUCAGAGAUUGAAGAAUCUGACUAUGAUUCUGUGGAUGUAAGCAGCAGUGGUGCCAGCUCUGAUGAGUGGGAGGACGAGAGUGACAGCUGGGAGACUGAUAAUGGUCUCACUGAGGAGGACCACCCAAAGACAGAUGGUGCUGUAGUACUUCCAGAACCUGAACAGCUUCAGGUAACAGUGCCAGCACAGGAAGAUCUGAUACAGGGAGCAGCAGCUGCUGCUACAAGCAGCAACUCAAGUACUGCUGUGGAAAAGUCAGUACGAGAAAGUACAACUAAGGGUUGUAGAGAACUGAAGGAGGCCAUUAAGAUACUGGAGAGCCUUAGGAACAUGACUGUAGAACAGCUGCUUACUGGGUCCCCAACUUCACCAGUAGUGGAACCAGAAAAGCCAACUAGAGAGAAGAAGUUUCUGGAUGACAUCAAAAAGCUGCAAGAAACCCUGAAAAAAACACUUGACAAUGUUGCCAUUGUGGAAGAGGAAAAAAUGGAAGCAGUUGUGGAAAUGGAGAAGGAAGAAGAGAAAACAGAGGCACAAACGCCAGUGCGAUCAGAAUGGCCAAGUGAUACUCCAGUACUGUGCCAGCAGAGUGGUAGGCCUGGUGUCACUUUCACAAGUGCCAAGGGCGAAGUGUUUUCCAUCCUCGAAUCUGCACCAGAUACCCAUUCCUUUAAAAAAAUGGAAUUUCAGCCUGCAGAAGCAAAGAAGUUUUUCAGUACAGUAAGGAAAGAAAUGGCUUUGCUUGCUACAUCGCUGCCUGAUGGAAUUAUGGUUAAAACAUUUGAAGACAGAAUGGAUCUUUUUUCUGCAUUGAUCAAAGGUCCAACACGUACCCCUUAUGAGGAUGGCCUCUUCCUUUUUGAUAUACAGCUUCCCAACAUAUAUCCAGCAGUUCCACCAUUGUUUCGAUAUCUUUCCCAGUGUAGUGGGCGAUUAAAUCCCAAUCUAUAUGAUAAUGGAAAAGUCUGUGUCAGCCUUUUAGGAACAUGGAUUGGAAAGGGAACAGAGAGAUGGACCAGUAAAUCAAGCCUGCUUCAAGUGCUUAUUUCAAUACAAGUUACGGAGUAA